AAAUAUAGAACACGAUUCGAAUGGCAUACAAUUAUAGAUAUGAGAAUAGCAAAGAAGAUGGAUUUGGAGGCCAAGAAAUGACGGAUAUUCCUAAUAUUAGAUCAAGAAUAAAUUACGCUAAAGCAAAAACAAUGAACGAUUCAAGAAGCAAUUCUCCUCCAAAAUAUACUAAUGGUCUCAAUUCAGAAAUGCUUGCAUCUGAUGUAGUCAAAUUAAAUGAGCAAAAAGUGAGGGACAACAUUAUCUUUGCAAAUAACUCUGGGAGCAUUGGGCCAUACUUAAAAUUUGAUAAGAAAAGUCCUUCUCCAAAAGUACCAAAGCUUGGUCCUCCUACUUCAUCUUAUAAGAAUCAUUACAGUCCAGAAAGGAGCUAUGAGCCAAUCAAAAUGUCUCUCAAUGAGUCUUUAGAUUAUAACAGAAGUUAUAACAACUUAUCUAUGGGAAUUCGCCACAUCUCAAAUGGUGAUGCAAUGUAUAGAAGAGGAGCCUUAAGCAAAUCCAUUGAUUUUGGACCUCCUUCUAAGACCAGAUUUAAAUAUGCUAGAAACGCAAAUCUUGACAAACCUGAUGAGUUUAGGUUUAAAUAAAAAUUUGACUUCUAAUGCAGAUAGAAUCUUAAAUAAAUCAAUGGUGCCCAGCUAUCCAUCUACAAAUGAACCAGCUAGGAUGGACUUUUUGAAAAAGGAAGUCAGUACUUGCCCAGCCAGUCCAAAAAUUCAAACUAAACCUUAUUCUCCAGAACCUCCAAAGAAUUCCUUCGCCAGAGAACCUCAAUUUUCAACUGAACAAAAUGAAAUUAAGCCCCAAAGUCCGAAUAAUAUAGUCAAACCUGUCUCUCCUGCUCCUAAUCAAUCAUACCCUUCUGGUGAUUUCGAGUCAGCUCAAAAUAAAAAGCCAACGGGUAUUUCACCAGCAGACUCAGCCAAUUACACUCCUUCACUCAAUGCUCAAAUUCCUGAGACUCUCCCUAAAUUUCAACCGGAUCGCUCAGAGCCUAGUUUCAAUGAUCCUUCUUACCACAGACGCAAGAACUUUAAUAACUACGGCUUCAAUGCUAUCACAGGAGUCAGAAAAGAAGCUGCAUUCAGAGAACUUUAACAACCUAGGUUCUAAGCAGACUGGCUAAUAAUAAAUAUGAUGCUUAAGAAAGCAAUCAUGUUGAAUAUAGCAAUCAAUUUUA